GAGGUGUCCGGCCAGUCAGUUCUCGGACGUCGAUCGGUGAGCCGCGUGCCGCGUGGAUCUUGUCGAUCGCCAGGUACGCUGCCGAUCUCCGAUUGUCGUGACUACUAAAAGGAUCUCGCAUUGCUUAAAGUGGAAAUGAAAGUAAUCUCGCGGAAGAGUAAUUGAAGGUUAACGAGAAAAUCGAUUGGAUAAGUGGGAAAUCUUUUGGAAAAAAAAUCGAUCGAAAGUCUCGCCACGUGCCGAGACUUUAUAUCACUUAGAUAUCGCACUUUGACUGAGAAAAACGACGUUUUUGUGAAUCGCGCCGGAACGUACGUGUGCGUGCGUGUACGUGCAUGAAUCUUCGAUAAUUAAUCAAUCGCUGUACACGGUGUACAAUAAUUCGCGAGAGAGAACCGAUCGCCACGCGCACGUGGGCACCAACGCGACAGCGAGGAUCUAUAACGGAUUGCCAAGUCUCACGUAUUUCGCGCCACGGGACCCCGGACAGGAAUUUCCGGAUGACUUAAUGCUUACACCGACGGAGUGUGAUUGAUGACACGGUGCGCCCGUGCGAAGAAAUCGCGCUGAAAAAGGUCGGUGCAUCGGUGAGAGUGCGAGAUAACGAUACAGAUAUAGGUGAAUCGUGGGAGAAUCAACCGAUAACGCCAGUCUCGAUUCCAUAAUUCUCGAGAGCUUCGGAGCUUGUCUGACUAAUUCGCGAAGCCGACUAAUCAAACACGAAAGAAGGAGAGAAACAGAGAGAGAGAGAGAGAGAGAGAGAGUAGGAGCUGACUGAAAUCUUCAAUUAAAACCAGCGCCGAUCGAGUAAAUAACGCCCGCGUUAUACGGAAGACUUAUCGGCGAAUGCAACCAACAGGGUGUGACGAGAUAAAUGUGCAAGAUCUAAUAUGAUAUCGAGUGACGAAAGAGGAGCGAAAGCGCCUGUCUCGCCUAAAUGUCGUCGCGACAAGUGUUGCACAUAGUAUAAUCGUUGCGUUGGUGCAUCCGGAGCAAGGACGAAUUGCCACUUCCAUUUUCGAAGGCCAACAAGUUGAAACAAUUGAAAACUUCAAAGUUCGAUUAUGCUCAAUGCGAAGUGCUUGACGCGUGUUAAUUUGAAAGUUGACGCAAUAUAAAUCCCGAGCACGAGACACAUUCUCAAUCGACUCGAUAGACUUUGAUAAGACCCAACUACCGCUCCAAGAUGCGACUCAUUCACAUCUGCGUCUUCUUCGCGUAUUUGUUGACGCCAAUGGCGUGCACGGAUGACGUGGUAUCCACCAUAUAUCCUAUCCCAUUGCAAAAUGAGACAGUAGUGCCGGAGGAGUAUAAGCAACUGCCGUUGGUGGGAAAAUGUUGCUCCAUAGGCGAGGUUCUAGUAAAAGAUGCGGACGGGAAUACCGUUUGCGCCUCCUCGAACGACUCAUCGACGAUGUUUUCACCUUUCUUCAGCGACUUCAAUCGCACCGGCGCGCUGGUGCCUGGUGACGAAUACAAGACAUUCGUCGCGAUCGUGGGAAAUCCCUGCAACCUAAAGUACAUGCUACACCCGGAGAAAAGCAGCGACGAUGAAUAUUACUUAUUGAUGAACGGCUCCAUCUUCGCGCCGCGAAUCGACAAUGUGCCGGUUAUGCUGAUGCCCGGUAAGGACUACUGCAUGGAGGUUGUGCCCGAGCAGGGACUCAGGGCGCUCGUCUGUUUUCAAGAAUUCACCGUUCCGCCCACGGAACCGCGAGUCAUCAUUUACGCCUGCGGGCUCCUAAUCUCAGUUCCCUUUCUGAUACUCACCAUUGUGGCGUAUGCGAUAACGCCGAGAUUGAGGGACGUCCACGGGAAGGCCCUUUGCCAUUAUUGCGGUUGCUUGGCAUUGGCCUUCACCACUUUGGCCAUUACGCAACUCGCGAGCUCGCAAUUAUCACCUCAAGCCUGCGUUAGCGUAGCAUUCGUCAUCCAGUUCUCCUUCGUGGCCUGCUUCUUCUGGCUGAACGUGAUGUGCAUCGAGACAUGGUCGCUGAUACGCCACCACGUGAAGCAACACGCGUACAGGAGAAUCCAGCCUAAAACGCUGUUCUUCUACUACUCGAUAUGGGCCUGGGGCAUCCCGGCGAUUCUCAUUCUCGUCUCGAUGGCGAUGGAUCUCAGUCCUACGAUACCCAUGACCUACGUCAAGCCCUCUUUCGGUCUUGAGAGCUGCUGGUUCAAGUCCGACGCAGAAGCUAUGCCGUACUUCUACGUGCCGGUCGGACUUCUUCUGUUAACGAACACCGUCCUCUUCGUAAUCACUGCCGUCAGGAUCAGCCGGUACCAAAAAGUGCUCGCGCUGAGACGCUUGGCGAGGAACCAGCAUUCCGAUCGGGAGGAUCAAAGGCUCUUCCGCAGACUCAAGCGGGUCUUCAUCGUUUGCCUUGUACUCUUCUUUUUGAUGGGUCUCAAUUGGACGAUGGAAUUGAUUUCCUGGUGGGUUGGCGGCGAUCCUUUCGACUGGACGGCGUUCGAUUUGGUGAACGCGCUUCAGGGUGUCCUCAUCUUCGGUCUGUUCGUCCUGAGGAGGCCCAUCCGGGACUUCGUCUGGCAUCGAAUACAGAAGAUACGAGGGAUAGACACCACGGAACUGGACGUCGGAAGCAUGGACCUGGCGCUGUUGCCCGUGAUAAACGGCGAUAUCCCAGAAAGAUACGUCCCAGAAAGAUCGUUUAACGGUUCUUAGAAAAGUUCUCAGAGAGUGAUUGUUCUUUUCCUAAAGAGUGAGAGAGAACGAUAUAUUUAGUACAGACGGUUAGUUAAAGUGAUAUCGGCCGUGAACUUGAAGCGAUAAACCGACAGACCGGCGGAAGGAAAGAGUGGGAGUAUAUGGUCUCACGAUACAAUGAUUAAAGUUAUUUUAAUUUCGCUGUGCGCAACGGCGAAACAGAGCGGUUUUCUCGAUCGCUCAUGAAAUAUAUUACUAAUGCGAUUUUUCGUUGCAAAACUACACGAGGAACCCACUCAAGUUGAGUUAGUUAGCACGAAAUUAACCCGCGAGAUCCGACGCGCGGAACUUUCGCCCGAAGGAGAUUAUUUAUUUUUAAUUUGAAUCGCAAUCGUUACAAGUAAUAGUUCUAGUCCUUUUUUUUGCAUUAUAUUGCAGUAAUUAUUAAUGCGCGUAUCGAAACGCGCACGACGUGUUUUAAUUUCGAAUAAAAUGCAGAGGGAACGUAUGACGUGACUUCGCGCACGUUGAAUUGCAGUUGAAUCGCGACGUUAUGUGAAAAUAAAUUGUUUUUGCAAGGUAACGUGUUACGCAAUUCGUUUGCCUCCGCGAAAUAUAGCGCAUUUUAUGUUGCAACGUUUCUGCGCUAUAAUUAUAGAACCGUGGGAAAAACGGAUAACGGAUGGGAACCUCGCUACAGGAUCUCAAGUGAUAAGAAUGCGAUCGGCGCAAUUAAGUAAGUGUGAAAACCGACUGUAAUCGAUGUUUAUCAGGAGCGCGGCUUAGAUAGUAAUUAUGCGACGAUGUUAUGACGAUACUUGUAAUUUUUCAAUUCAUCGCCGCAGGUCGAUAUUCAUACAUCGAUCAUCAUACCUUUGUACUUAGACGUCGCUUACUUCGUUGAACGACAUAACAACGCAAUACAAUAACAAUGUUGUGCGAAGUCUUUAUCUCAUGAAAUCCAGCGUUACGCGGUUCGUUAAUUUUAUUCAUUACAAAUAAGUUACGAAAACACAAGCAGAAUAUUGAAUAAUGAAUAGAUACGUCAAAACGUGUUUAUACACAAUUAUAAGCUCGUGUUAAUACAUCGCGUGUUAACACAUAUUGCACCGGAUUCAGUAGAAAACAGGUUUUAUAUAAUAUUGUUAUCGUAUUACAUUGUUGUUCCGUACGUAGCUAGCACAUUAUUUAUUGCCAUGGUAGACAUUAAUUUAUUGAAUAAAUCAUGCAUAAUAUAAAACGAUGAGGUAAAUGAGUCGAGACGAAUAAAAAAUAUUAAUAUUCUC